CCUAAACCCCCAUCUUGUCUUCUUCCUUCCCCCCCUUUUCGACAGCCCCAUUGCGCAUUGCUUUUCCACUCUCAUGCGCAACCAUGGCGCCUCUCGUCGAUAACCCCCUUAUUGCAUCGGCAACUUUGCACAAUCCUUUGCCGCUCUACCUGCAUACCUACGUCUGGCCCUUUGCAAUCAUCUGGCCCAUCUUCUUGCGAUACUUCCUCUCCCCAGACCUUUAUGAUAAAUACAUCGGAGGUCCGGAAUGGACCUUUGUCUGGUGCGGAACCAUCAUCACGGUACAAAGCUUGUUUUGGCUGAGCACGCAUUGGAAUGUCAAUCUGAAGGCUCUCUUCACCUCUGUGAGAGCCAACACUGUUGAGCAAGCGAAGUUGAUUAAAGUGCUUCCGGUUACAAAUGCUGGCAUUUCGGAGAUCUGCCAAAUCGAUAGAGACAACGCCGGGGGCAAACAAAAUAUCUCGUUCCUUUUCCAGAAACGCCGAUUCCUGUACGAUGCCGAGAAGAAGUCCUUUCAACCUUUGACAUAUGCUAUCGAUUCAGAGCCAAAGCCUCUUCUCGAACACUUCCAAAAGUCCCGAGGCAUAACCUCCACGUCCGAGCUCUCCAGACUCCAUCAACACUAUGGCGACAAUACUUUCGAUAUUCCCGUUCCGACAUUCACGGAGCUCUUCAAGGAGCACGCCGUAGCACCAUUCUUUGUGUUCCAGGUAUUCUGCGUCGGAUUGUGGAUGCUGGACGAAUACUGGUACUACUCACUGUUCACCCUUUUCAUGUUGGUUGCUUUCGAGAGCACAGUCGUUUGGCAACGUCAGAGGACAUUGAAUGAGUUUCGUGGAAUGAGCAUCAAGCCGUACGAUAUCUGGGUUUACCGACUGAACAAGUGGGAGGAGAUUCAGAGCGACAAGCUUCUACCGGGAGAUCUGGUAUCGGUUGGCCGCACAAAGGACGACAGCGGAGUUGCUUGUGACAUGAUCUUGGUUGAGGGCAGUGCCAUUGUGAACGAGGCCAUGUUAUCUGGGGAGAGUACACCACUGUUGAAGGACUCGGUACAGCUCCGGCCAGCAGAUGCAGUCCUAGAACCGGAGGGUCUCGACAAAAAUGCGUUCCUCUAUGGUGGGACCAAGGUCCUUCAAGUCACGCACGGAAAUAAUGAAGAGGAGAGACCCAAACUGACCUCCGGUGUCCCUGAACCCCCGGAUAAUGGCGCCAUGGCUGUGGUUGUCAAGACUGGCUUCGAGACCUCCCAAGGAAGCUUGGUUCGGACAAUGAUCUAUUCCACAGAGCGCGUGUCGGCCAAUAAUGCGGAGGCUCUACUUUUUAUUCUCUUCCUCCUGAUCUUCGCGAUUGCCGCUUCUUGGUACGUCUGGGAUGAGGGCGUAAAGAAGGACCGAAAACGAUCCAAGCUUCUGCUCGACUGUGUCUUGAUUGUGACCAGCGUUGUACCCCCUGAACUCCCCAUGGAACUCAGUCUUGCUGUCAAUACUAGUCUUGCUGCUCUGAGCCGUUACGCCAUCUACUGUACUGAACCUUUUCGCAUUCCAUUUGCCGGAAGAGUGGAUGUCGCCUGUUUUGAUAAGACUGGAACGCUUACAGGAGAAGAUCUGGUUGUCGAGGGAAUCGCUGGUCUUGGACUCGAUCAAUCUGGCACUGAUACCCCUCGCGAGAAGGAUGGAGCCCACAGCCAUAUUACCCCUGUUUUACAAGCUGGCAUGGAGACAACGCUGGUACUUGCCACUGCCCAUGCACUCGUCAAGUUGGACGAAGGGGAGGUGGUUGGAGAUCCCAUGGAAAAAGCUACGUUAACCUCCCUCGGAUGGACUCUGGGAAAGAACGAUAUCCUCACGAGCAAAAAUUCGACGGCCGUUAAAGGAGCCGCAUUUGCCACGGCCACGAACAGCGUCCAGAUCAAACGUCGAUUCCAGUUCUCGUCUGCACUGAAGCGCCAAAGUUCUGUUGCCACUGUCAUUGCUCUCCACCCAGAAACUGGCAAGAAGAUUAGAAGCACAUUUGUCGGUGUUAAGGGAGCACCUGAGACCAUUAUGAAAAUGUUGGUCAAGGUCCCUGCAGAUUACGAGGAAACAUACAAAUACUUCACGCGAAAAGGCUCGCGUGUUCUUGCCCUGGCUUAUAAAUAUCUCUCGGUGGAUCAAGAACUUGGCUCCGGAAAAAUUAAUGAGCUCAAGCGUGAGAAGGUUGAAGCCGACUUGAACUUUGCCGGCUUCUUAGUUCUCCAUUGCCCUCUCAAAGAUGACGCGAAAUCUUCUGUCCAGAUGCUCAACGAAAGUAGUCACCGUGUUGUUAUGAUCACUGGUGAUAAUCCUCUAACCGCUGUUCACGUUGCCCGGGAGGUCGAGAUCGUUGACAGAGACGUCCUGAUCUUGGACGCUCCUGAACAUGAUGAUUCGGGCGAGAAGCUCGUGUGGAGGAGCGUUGAUGAUCUUAUCAGUAUCCCAGUCGACCCUGCCAAACCUAUCGAUAAGAAAAUCCUGGAAGAGAACGAUCUCUGUGUCACUGGAUACGCUCUGUCAAAAUUCAAGGGUCAAGCGGCGUUAUCGUCAAUCUACCGCUACACUUGGGUAUAUGCUCGUGUCUCGCCAAAGCAAAAGGAGGAGAUUUUAAUGGGCUUGAAAGACCUCGGAUAUCAUACUCUCAUGGCCGGUGAUGGCACGAAUGAUGUUGGCGCUCUCAAGCAGGCUCACAUCGGUGUGGCUUUACUAAACGGUUCACAAGACGACCUCAACAAGAUUGCCGAGCACUUCAGAAACAACAAGAUGAAGGAGCUGUAUGAGAAGCAAUGCGCUAUGAUGAAGCGCUUCAACCAGCCAAACCCACCAGUACCGGUCGUCAUCGCCCAUUUGUACCCUCCAGGACCUACCAACCCUCAUUACGAGACCGCGAUGAAACGCGAGGCAGAAAAGAAGGGUAAUACUGCAGCUUUGAACGAGAUGGCAUUGAGUGACAAGACAAAUAUCGAGACAGUCACCUCGCCUGGCGCCCAAGCUCUUAUCAAUAGUCAGAAUCAACAAUCCUUGGGACCCGCCCAGAAGCAAGCUGCAAGCCUUGCAGACAAAUUCACGCAGAGCAUGAUGGAACAAGAGUUGGAUGAUUCCGAACCCCCAACAAUCAAACUUGGUGAUGCUUCUGUUGCCGCUCCGUUUACUAGUAAACUCAGCAAUGUUGUUGCAAUUCCCAACAUCAUUCGACAGGGUCGAUGCACUCUCGUGGCGACCAUCCAGAUGUACAAGAUCCUGGCUCUCAACUGCCUCAUUAGUGCAUACAGUCUUAGCGUUUUAUAUCUCGAAGGCAUCAAGUUUGGGGAUGGACAAGUCACGAUCAGCGGAAUGCUCAUGAGCGUCUGUUUCUUGUCGAUUUCCAGAGCGAAGUCUGUCGAGGGGCUCUCGAAGGAACGCCCCCAACCCAACAUCUUCAACUUCUAUAUCAUCGGAUCUAUUCUCGGCCAAUUUGCCGUCCAUAUUGCCACCCUCAUUUUCAUUGCCAGAUAUUGUGAUCAGCUCUCUCCACGUGACCCGGAUAUUGACCUCGAAGGAGAGUUCUCGCCUUCUCUGCUGAAUAGCGCUGUGUAUCUUCUGCAACUUAUUCAGCAGAUUUCAACGUUUGCCAUCAACUAUCAAGGCCGACCUUUCAGAGAGGCCCUAUCAGAAAACCGAGGCAUGUACUGGGGUAUCAUAGGUGUUUCGGCAAUUGCAUUCUCCUGCUCCACUGAAUUCAUCCCAGAAAUAAAUGAAAAGAUGCGCCUGGUGCCCUUCACAUCCGACUUCAAAACCACAAUGACAGCCACCAUGAUCAUUGAUUAUGUUGGCUGCUAUGUUAUCGAGAAGGUCUUGAAAGCGCUCUUCAGUGACUUCAAGCCAAAGGAUAUUGCGGUUCGACGGCCUGACCAGUUGGCACGAGAGGAGCAGCGGAGAGAGCAGGCCUUGAAGGACAAGAUCAGGGAGGAAGAGGAGAAGGCUGCAAAGGAAAUUGAGGAGCUUGAGAGGAAAUUAGAGGAGCAAAAGAAGAUAAAGGCUGCUCAGGAGACUCUGGAAUCGGAGAGGGUGGUGCCCCAGAGGAGGGCGUAG